GCAACACGAACCAUCCAAUUUCAUCUCUCUCUCCCACACUCUCUCCUCCUUGACACAACGACUUCCUGCCUCCGGUGUAUCCCUCGCCGUCAAGGUGACGAUAUCUUCGACGAAAGUCAAGGAACAACUCUUCUGCGAUAAAGCAUACGAAUCUUCUUGUUCUUAUCAUCAGUCCUGAAGAAGAUUCAUGGGUUUCCUUGUAGCCGCCAUGAAUCUUUCUCCUACCUUGAUGCAUCAUCAGCUAGUGAAAUCGAAGCAUGGAUGUAAAAGUGAAAAGCUUCAAGAGAGACCAACUCUGUUUGCUCGUCGUGGAUUCUUGAGCUGUGUUGGUGCUUCGUUUCUGGCCACACUUGAGUUAUCGGGAUUACAAGCUCAGGCAGAGGAAAAGGAUGAAGGAGAAGGAGUUGUUGGGGCCUUCAAGUCUUUGUUUGAUCCUAACGAGAGAACAAAAUCUGGCAAAGAGCUACCAAAAGCUUACUUGAAAUCUGCAAGAGAGGUAGUGAAAACGAUGAGGGAGUCAUUGAAAGAAAACCCAAAAGACAAUGCAAAGUUUAGGAGAAGUGCUGAUGCUGCCAAGGAAUCGAUUCGUGAUUAUUUGAGCAAUUGGAGAGGACAGAAGAGCGUAGCUGGAGAAGAAUCUUACGCGGAGCUGGAGAAAGUAAUCAGGGCUUUGGCCACAUUUUACUCAAAGGCAGGUCCUUCUGCACCUCUUCCUGAUGAGGUUAAGGCUGAGAUCUUGGAUGAUCUUAAUAGGGCUCAAGAGUUUUUGUGACAGCAUUCGAAUGUGGAACUUGUUUCAAUUUUUAGCCUCCAAGUUCGAUAUCCGACUGUCUCUGGCAACAUAUUUUGAUCCUGCAGUGUAAACAUUUUUGUAUGUAUUCUCAAUGAUGUAUGUUUGAAAGCAACAGCUGAUAUGAAAGAACUCUGAUAUGCUGAAACUGAAAUGGCAAAAAUGACUAUUGGCACUUUUUUUUAUA